ACCAGACCCUCCUAACUUUCUUUUUGCCUCGUCUUCUCCUUCACAACACCACCGAGAACAAUCCUCAGCUAGGGUUUGUGAAGCACUCCGAGCCCGGAACCCAUGACCGGAAUCCUCUUCCGAUAAGCCUCGCCUCCUCCUUACUUCUUAAAGGUUUGAGUUUUCGAGCAUUCGUGGUUGAUAGUUUUGUGGAGGGAGUAUUUUGGUAGCUGAAUUAGUUGAGUAAACGAAAAAAAACAUGUCUGGAAGAAAUCGUGGACCGCCUCAUGCUGGGUUGCCCCCUCCUAUGCAUGAUGCACCGUAUGGAAGAGGACAUGGGCCGAUGCCCCAUCCUGCGUUGCUUGAGGAAAUGAGAGAAUCCCAGCACGGUAUGGGUCCCAGGUCGCUUCCGCCUCACCCUGCAAUCAUUGAGGAGCAUCUCGCGGCGCAGCUUCAAGAUAUUCAGGGUCUUCUGAUUGAUAACCAGAGGCUGGCUGCGACCCAUGUUGCCCUUAAGCAGGAAUUGGAAGCUGCACAAUUUGAGCUGCAGCGCAUGGCUUACCAUGUUGAUUCGCUGCGGUCAGACAAGGAUGUUGAGAUGAGGGAGUUGUAUGACAAGUCUGUGCGUUUGGAAGUGGAUCUUCGUGGGGUUGAGGCUAUGCAGUCUGAGCUUCUUCAGGUUCAAGCGGAUGUUAAGGAACUCACUGUUGCAAGGCAAGAGCUCUCUGGCCAGGCGCAAGCGAUGACCCAAGAUUUUGCUAGAAUCAAUGCUGACUUGCAACAGGCACCGGCUCUAAGAGCAGAAAUUGAAUCUAUGAAACAAGAACUGCAACGUGCUAGAGCUGCCAUUGAGUAUGAAAAGAAGGGUUAUGCAGAGAACUAUGAGCAUGGUCAGGUGAUGGAGAAGAACCUGAUCUCAAUGGCUAGGGAGCUGGAGAAACUACGUGCAGAAAUUGCUAAUACUGAGAAGAGGGCACGUGCUUCAGUUGCUGUUGCUAAUCCCAGUGGUGGUUACAAUGCAAAUUAUGGGAAUCCUGAAGCUGGAUAUGCAGGAAAUCCUUAUCCUGCCGCCUAUGGCAUGAAUCCUGUACAAGGUGGUGCUGAAAAUUUUCCUCAGUAUCCUAUGCCGGGUGCUUGGGGUGCAUAUGAUAUGCAGCGAGCUCAGGGACACAGAUAAGCUAGUUCAGCCCUGAUCCUGAGCUACAUUCUGAUGGUAUCAUGGCUGCAGCGCAUAGAUAUUUAGGUCUGUGAUUGAAGUGUUUUCUCAUUAUUGACCUUUUGGAAGAUUUUUUGUGCUCAAGUUAACUACCUAAAAAAAAAUAAAUUCACAGAUCCUAUUACCUUGUUGGUGUAGUACACUACUUAUAAUUUGGUUUUCUAUGAUGCUUUGCUUGCACCGGCUUCUUUUGAUGCAUUUCAUAAUGAUAUUUAUGAUCUUUAAUUUUAUUGCAUAAACUCUGUGACUGUCAUAUUUAAAUAAUUAUAUUUUCUACCUUUCAUAGAACUCUAGAAAAUAUGCUUCUGCUCUUUGUAUGUGAGAUUGUGACUUUUUGAGUACCCAGUAGAUACUUAUGUCAUAAAUCAUUAGGAAAUUUCAGUAUAGGAACACUCACUAUUGCUAUAUUACUACUGGGAAGAAUAGUGUGUGAAUUCUUCAAGCUGUAUUGAUCAUAACCUUGAUCUGGAAGACCAGAAGUAUUAGACAUGCAAAUGUAAUGUUUGCAAUGUAUACUUGACAGUUCCCCAUUCAAUUUUGUUAGCCAGUAGUUGGGUUCUAGUUUCUUAGACGUGGUUAGUGGUUUAUGCUGCUCUUUUGGGGUCUUAGACUGCACCAGUGAAGUGAGUGUGUUAAUUUUGAUCGAUUUAUGUUGUUCCUGAAAGGAUGUAGUCCUAUUCUCCGCAAAAUCAUAUUCUUUACUGCAAGCUCUGCUGAUUCUGAAUAAUUGGUAGCUGUUGCACCUUGUUUGGUUGUCUUAGCCGAAACUUGCAAUUAUUCAUGUUAAUUUGCAGUUUUUCUAAUUUGAGCUGUAUCCCUUAUGUCAAAUUUGUAUGUAGUGGACUAAAAUAGUAUGUUGACAUGGCUGCGAAAGUCAUAGUACUAUGCUCCCCCCUGGACUACUCUGGCCAACCCAGGUUCUAUACUUCUAUUGUCACCUUCUCUUAUCUAGGGACGUGCAGCGAUUUUAGUUCAACGAUAUUUACAAGGAAAGGAACAAUUUUUAUCUGUUCUCCUUAUUGGGUUGCCAUUUAAGUUUAGUUUAAGAUAUGUUCUUCAAGGAAAGGAACAAUCAUUGAUGGUGAAAUUGUCAUUUUUUUUUCCUAAAUUGGUUGUUAAUUGAGUUUAGUCCAAGAGUUAUUUAAAGACAGAAAGUCUGUCUCGUUCCAUUUAGUGGGCUAGCAGCCUAAUGUAAGAGAAGUAGUCAUUGCCUGACGUAUGCUAUUCCUUGGGAAGAACUCAACGUUGGAGCAGCGAGAUGAUUUUCUGGUCAAGUUUGCAACCUUUUGGCCAUGUAAAUCCGCUGCGUCAUCAUGAACAUGAAUUUUUAAGGUGAUGGCCUGAGUUUAUGAGGUGGUUAUUUUUGGCAAGCCAAGUGACAUGCUUUAACUGAACAGACGUGGAGGUGAUUUGAACUUCCACCGCGGCCCUUGGUCGGGCUCUGUUAGAUGACUGUAAAUCACCAGUGCAUACCAGUUUUAUAGCCGGCCACUAGGCAUGAUCAAAUAUUCAUCGCCAAAUGCUCACACAUUCAUUGAAGUUGAACAAAGUUGGCAUCAUGGUUUUUCUAGUUCUACUGCUCCUUGUCUUCAUAGACCAUGCAUACCAUUGCUCAAGUGAAAUGUUAUACAGAAAGAAGGGUCGAUUCGGAUUCUUAAGCAUUUUGGUUUUGAUCUUGUGGGGGGUAACAACCCAAAUAUACUCUAUGACGGAUUAAUGUAUAAAAAUCAUACAAUGUUACAAGCAACAAUUUCUCCUCAA